UACGUGCGUGGGUAGGAACUCAGAUACAUACGCACUAAUUGCAAAUGGCCAGUUCCUGUUAUAGUUUUUUUCUUCCUUUUUUUGGAUCCGUUUUGACAAAUUGUAGAAUUUCUCUAUACCCGGUAAAAAUCAGUCUUAGGCAUCAGAAGGGUGAAGAUCGAUUGUGCUUUACUUUAUUUAAUCAAUUGGGAGAAACUGAAUAAGUCAGCUAGAGAAUUUACUGAAGACACGUACAUACGUCCCAAUUCUUACGUGCAGUAGUAUUAUAUAACAGAACUCCCGUUGGUACAGCAUUCCGCACAUUUCACAACCACAUAUAGUACCGCUACUUGCGCAUUCUCAACCGGUUCACAAAAAACGCCUAAAAGCGAACAAAUUCUUUUUUUCAUUCCAAACUGGUCCCCAGAAGAUACGCAAACGCAUGCGUAAAGUAAGACGUUUAUUCCGAAAAAAGUUUGCCGACGUUAUUUAGGAAAUGAGCAAGUGAGAGAGGGGGACACCAGACGUAAGGGAGACAGCGAGUGAUUUAAAUCCUGAAUCACCGCUUGGAGUUUUCCCCCUUCUCAUAAACGAUGCAUGAUCGUCAUGUCAUGAUUGGAUUUCUGAACAAAUAACUAUUACAACAUGAUAAAAAAAACUAGAAGUUAGUCAACAGUGUCAACGAAUGCAUCCCAGUAUCUCAUGGGUCCAACGACAAAUUCAGUGUAUGCAGUUGUCUAUUUUUAAGGAGAGAGCUAUAAGAUGCAGGUCCCCUCUGUGUGUCCGCCUCGUGGCUUCAGGAGUGUCAGUGUCCUGGACCGCCUGCUCCUCACUCACCCUGUCUGGCUGCAGCUGUCCCUCAACCACGACGCCACCUUGCAGAUCCUGCAGAGAGAGCCCCCUGGGGCAUUUCUGGUGUGCAAGUCCCUGCUGUCCCAGAAGGUGCUGUGCGUGCGUCUGACAGAUGACAGUGCCCCUUCUGUCGUCAGGCAGUACAUCAUCCGCGAGGAGGACUCCACUUUCUCCCUGGAGGGCUCCGCCAUCAGCUUCCCCGACCUGUGCCGCCUUGUGGCUUUUUACUGCAUCAGCCGGGACGUGUUACCCUUCCCCCUGGAGCUCCCAGAAGCCAUUGCCAAGGCCUCAUCCCACGGACAGCUGGAGUCCAUCUCACACAUGGGGAUAGAGUUCUGGAGUUCCCACUUGAAUAAUGGGCAGCCCUCAACAGACCAGCUGGCCGAUGGCUCCACACCACAAGAAAGACCGGGCCCAUCCAUGGAGAUGUGCAUGCAGCAUACCCGGGGCUGCCAGGGGGCACUGUGCUUCAUCAACCCCCUUUUCCUGCAGGAGCCUCCCAGCCGUGGUGCCCUGCACAAGCGCCACCGUUUCAAGCGCAGCCUGCGGGUCCGCGUUUCCACAGAGACCUCCUGCAGCUUGUCUCCAACCUCCACCUCACCCCCGGUGGGUCUGCCACCUUCUGGUUGCCCAGAGGACCAAGACUGCAUGAGGAAAAGGGCCACAACAGCAGCACCCCCUCUGAGGAGAACCCCCGCGCUCUCUCCAACCUCUGAAGAGGAUGAUUACCAGAUACCGCUUACUGCGGGUGCUGAGCCCCCCAUCCCUGGGGAGGAGGCUAUGGUAGAUGCCGGGCUGGCCUUGGAGCGCCAGCGGGCGCCCUCCCUCUCCGAGCUGGACAGCAGCAGCUCCUUCAGCAGCCUGGAGGAGGUGGAGGAGCGGCCGGUGGCACCCGCCCUCUGCAGGGCCAGCGCCGCCUUUGUGUCGCUUUUCGCCCCUGAGAAACGUGUGGCCCAGCUGGUGGAGGAGCUGUCCCGGGACCGGCGCUCGGCCUUUGGUUCACUGGUGCAGGACUUCCUGCGGCGCCACCAGGAGGAGCUGAAGCCCUCUGCUGUGCUGCUACCGGCCAGGGAGCUGCUGCAAGGCCUGCGCCUCUUCCUGUCCCAGGCCAAGGGCUUCCUGCUGGACUGUGGGGAGCUGGAGCCCCCUAUUGAGACCCUGGUGCCCGAGAACGAGAAAGACUUGGCCCUGGAGAAGGCCAUGUUUGGCUGUGUUCUAAAGCCGCUGAAGUCCCAGCUGGACCAGACUCUGCUGGCUCUACACGCCCAGGACGGCUCCACCCAGAGGAUGGUGGAGAGUCUGCGUGCCAGUCAGGAGGGCCUGCCGGAACACUUUGGGGUGCGGGUGGGCGUACUGGACUCCCACGGCGUGGAGAGGGCGCGUCAGAAGCUGCUGCUCAUGCAGCGGGCAUAUUCCCCCAUAGACAAGGUUCUGCUGCUGCUGCAAGUAUGCAAGAGUGUCUAUAAGGCCAUGGGCAAUUCAGACCAGGGAUUUGGGGCUGAGGACUUCCUCCCAGCCCUGUCUUAUGUUAUCGUGCAGUGCAACAUGCCAGAGCUCCACGUAGAGGUGGAGUACAUGAUGGAGCUGCUGGAGCCCACGUGGCUCACAGGGGAGGGAGGGUACUAUUUGACAAGUGUCUAUGCCAGCCUGUGCCUUAUCCAGAGUCCGCCAGGGGGCAAUGCUAUAGGCAAAUUGACCAGUGAGGCACAGGAAUCUCUCAGAGAGUGGAGUCAACGCCGAAAUCAGGAGGCCCAGAAUCAGAGGGAAGCCCAGCAGAGCCAGAGGUUUGUGCGCGUGCUCUUCCAGGACGGCGAGCACAGUGCCGUGCGGACGCUGCUGUGGAAGGCAGGUGAAGGCGGCGACGCCCUUGCCCAACUCUGCGCCACCAAGUUCGCUGUGGCCGAGCCUGAGCACUACACCCUCUGCUGGCGAAACGGCGGAGAGACGCAGCCAGUGCAGCCCCAUGUCCAGCUGCAAGACCUGCCCCUCACCAGCGGGGGCACCCCCACGUUCCUAUUCCUGCGCUCUGACCAGGACUUUAGCAAGAUGAGGAAGCUGACCAGAGGGGGUGCUGUGGACCUGGGGGAGUCUGUGUGUGAGGAGUAGAGGAGUGGGUAGGUGGGGCUUUCACUCUGCACGUUUUCCUUUGUGACAGCAGCGGGUCAGCCUUGUUCAUAUUUUUUGCGCUACCUUUGUAUCUGUCAGCUGAUUUUUUUGGCUAAUUUUGAGGGGGUGGAGGAGGGGGAGACCUGAAGAAAAGUUUUAUCAUGUGUUGAAGGAGCUUUCACCAUAUCAGAUAUUGAUCAUACACCAAGCACACCAUGUAACUGUAGAAAAUCAGACCUUGAGAAACCCAUUUUGUUCCAGUAGACGUCAGUGGCGAGAGUCUCAUGGUACCAAAGCUGCACACAUGCUCCAUUGUAACUAUCGCAGGAGUAACACUGUCGCCUGGGCGUGGUCGUCAUCUUCCUGCUACGUGAAUCAUCUGAAGGAGACAACAGGCGCCGUGAUACCAGUGCAUUUGUGCUGGGUUAGGACCUGCACAUUUUUAAUGGGGAAUCUGCCAUCAAGCUCACAACAAGCACGCCAAUCAAGAUGUAUGCUGCAAAAAACAUAAUGAGGCUAUUAUUUUCAUAAAUGUAUUCUUAUUGAGAGUGUUAAAAUGUGUAACUUUUUGAACUAUGCUGAAGACGAAGACUGGAGUUGUGAUCUCCUUACAAGAAAACAAACAUUUAUAUGUCUGCAUUACAGAAGGAUUCAGUUCCUCUGCUUUGGCACAGUUUGACUACCCUAAGAUCCAGUUCCUUUCCAUUGUAUCACCUGCUGUUGUCCACUAGGGAAACAGGGGUCAAUGACCACUGUAAGUUUUGGUUGAAAAACAGGGCAAGAUGACACACAUUUGUUACUGACAUGUAUUUAGGUCCUACAACAAAUACUUUAAAACUGUUUUAUUAUAAAGUCGAUCUUUAAGCAGCAACAUCAAUUUCCAAGAACUUGGGGGUUGUCUGUUUUUUUUUGGAGGCAACUUUGAUUGUUUGAAACCAAAAAUGUUUAAAAACCUGUCUGACUCCUAAUGAAUUAAAUUGUUCGUUUGAAAACGAUUGUCACCCAGCAGAAAUAGCUAAAUGCCUUGACAUGAAAUUUUACUAAUUUUCCUUCAUACUGGAGCACUUUAAACGUAUAUCAAAUAUCCUCUGUUGCAUUCAAAAUUUUUGUAUCCAAAUGAUAAAUCUAAUAUUAUAUAAGUUUCAAUACAAUUUGUUUAUGGGUGUAUUUGCGCAUGCAUGCAGUGUGUUUUGCAGCGGUGAUGUAAAAUGCAUGUGUUGUACACUUAGCAAAGUCCUUCCAGAGCAAACUGUCCUCCUUUGAUCUGCUGCUGCAUUGUAUUAUGCUACAAAAAAAAAACUGCAAUAAAAUUGAAUUAUCUCAAAA